UGCUGGAUCGAAAAUUUUACGUGCAUGUCGUGCAACGUAUCCGUGACCGAAAUAUAAUCGAACUUUGAACGUCUGGUUUGCAGAGAUUUGGGCUGUAUAAAUCUUUUCCCAACCAUUGAAGAUUUCAGACACUAUUCAAGAUUUGAAGUGACACCAGAGUUGCCACCAAAAUGAGCGAAAAAGAAGGCAAAAAAUGCCCCUUCGGUUUCGGUGAGGGCGGCAGCGGGCACGGCAGUUGCCCUUACGGGUUUGGCACUGGCGGCCACGGUCAUCACGGGCCCGGCUUUGGGCACGGUGGGCCGGGCCACUGCCCGUACCUCCAAGGCCACGGCCACGGCCAUGGCCAUUUUGGGCCUGGAUUUGGAGGCCCUCCAGGCUUUGGUCCCCAUGGCUUUGGCCACCAUGGCUUCGAUCACCAUGGCGGUAAGCCCCCGAUGCUGCAGUGCCCAUGGAUGGUGGCUCGUUUGCACGCUUGCCCCUGGGCCUGGGGCGUGGGCUCGGGCCACCACGCCUGCAAGUCGGGGAAAUCAUGCGACUUCUGUGUGACCUUGAAAGUGGCCGACUUCUGCUCCGAGGAGCUGGAGGUCAAGGUGGUGGGACAGGAGGUGAUCGUUCAUGGCAAGCAUGAGCCCCGCCCAGAUCCAGCAGAUGCCAGCACCGUCUCCAGGGAGUUCACCCGUCGCUAUGAGCUGCCAGACAACAUCGAUCUGCAGACCGUUGCCUCCUCCCUGAACGAUGACCACGAGCUGAUCAUCACGGCUACCAAGAAAGUAGCCGAGGGCGAGCCUCGGGUGGUCCCCAUCCAGGUGGGAGAGGGGUCUGGCGACCACUAGGCUGCAAUGCAUGAAUGUCGGAUGGAGGGAGGGCUUUGAAGUUACUUAUCCAUCCACCACAUCGAGGGCAAAGGGCUUGGGCUGGCUAUAAGGCCAAAAACACAACAACAAAAAAUAUUUGGGGUCCCCGCCCGCUUCGUUUUUGGAGGCUGCCUCCUUUUUUCCUUUUUUUUAAAACCAUUUUUAAAAAUUGAUAAAUUUUAAAUAGUGACAUAAUUUUGGCCUCUUUGUCUGUUGCAUCUAGCCUAUAUAAAGCUUGUAUGUCAUUUUCCAAGUGGCGGUCGUUGAAAAAAAAAGAGUUUGGCGGCCAUGUUGAAAAAUAGCCUGGUCGGGCGGCCAUUUUGGAGGGGAAUAAAAAGGGGGCCUCCUCCUUCCUUUUUUAUUCAAAAAAGGCAGGAUGCUAGACAUGUUUUUUUUUUCAUUUGGCCUAACCAACCCCUUCUGUCUGACCCAUGCUUAUUAUUUACAAAUUUGACAAAACUCUAACAUUUCUUUCUUGCCAAUAGUGUCACUGUUGCAAAUGUUGGUAUCACGGCUUAAAGGCUAGUAACGUUUGCAAUUACACGAAAAUGUACCUUAUUUUAGUGAGAAAAUCCUUGCUCAUAUUGAAGAUAGAGACUGGUACCAUUAUACCCUGUGAAAUUAUUCCGCCUGAAAUAUUCAGACGAAAAUCACUGAAAGUGGUUGAAGACAAUGUGACAGCUUUUUUUUUAAUGUGCAUUAGCAGCAGAAUCCAGUCACCUCGAACAUUUUGCAAAUGCUUUCUCUGUUAUUUCUCAAAAUGUAAAGUAUCCACUGAGCUGACUUCAGCAAAGUUGAAAAUUGAAGAUUUGAAGCAAUUUUGUCGCUUCAAACGAAAAAAAAUAUACACACACAAAAAUAUCUUAUGUACCUUUAAGGCCUUUUGGUUUUUCUUAUGUGCUGACCUGAACACUCAAGGGAGCAAAAUUUCUCCUUGAAAAAACAGUGGACUUUUAGGUCAACACCUCAACCAAGUGGCCCCACCUACCUUUGAAAAACUCUGGAUCUGAACAAAAUUAUAACACCACCUCCAACACAUUCCUCCUGGCUUGAAUUUUAAGACCUGAAAUCUGCUAGACCAAUAGGCUUCUAGAUAUGUAGACUUGAAUUAGAAUGCCAAGAUACAAGUUAUGAAUAACACAUGUAUAUUAAUUGUUCAAGGGAAUUAGGAAAUGUUGGUGUACAAGGCUUCAUGGCAAGUGGGAACAAAUUGUGUUGUAUUUCAAAAUAGAUUAAACUUGUACAUGGAUGCACCUAAAUUGUAGAUCAUAGUACUAAUAUUCUUAAGCUCUAGAAAUCUGGAAUUCUGUUUUGUAGGGAAAUCAGUUAGCCAUAGAAAGCAUUACACAGGUACUGAAAUUGAAUUUCUAUUUGCAUAAUACUGCCUAUCAUUAUAUAACUCAUAUUCUCAAUCAACUUUUUGUACUACUUGAACAUGUUUAAAUGCUUUCAUCUUGUUCAAAUUUAAUCAGAUUUAAAAUGAGCAAACUUAUAACUGCACAAACACUUUUGAAAAAAGAUUGAAUCGUUUAUUUGGUUUGUGUUAUACUUGAUUUUAUGUUGUUAUUAUUUUCUGCUUUUUGUUAAUGAUGAUAAAACAUGUCUGAAAAAUUAAGAAUUAAUGAUUAAUUGAUCAAGUAAUGAAUUACUGUGGCCGAUUUAAGUACAAGUGAAAGUGUUUUAUAUCAAAUUGUGCAUCACACAAUUUGUUUUUAUUUGGCUUUAAUUAUUUCUGUUGCAGAGUUUCCAUUAAUGUUUAUAAAUUAAAGUUGCAGGCUGAAAUUGUUUUUCUAUGAUAUGGCAACAAAAACUGAGAUGUCUCAGAUAAAUAAAAGGCGCAUUCCUUUA